CCAGCCCUGAGCACCCCCCACCCGCAGUGCCUCAAUGUGACGCAGCUGCUGCUGAACUUCGGCUUGGACGCGGCCUCGCAGCUCACCCCGCAGCAGUUCACGCUGCUCUGCCCCGCGCUGCUCUACCAGAUCGACAGCCGCGUCUGCAUCCACCACCGUGACGAGGUGACGUGGUCCCCACCGGGGGGGGCCCUGUGGCCAGCUCUGGGUUGGGCUCUGCUGGCCGUCGCCUUCAUCAGCGUUCCAUCGGCCGUGGCCGUGGCCGUGGUGCCGCUGCUGAGCCUCGGGCAGCUCCGCGCUCUGCUCUCCUUCCUGGUGGCGCUGGCGGUGGGGACGCUCUGCGGGGACGCCCUGCUGCACCUCUGGCCCCACGCUCAGGGGCAGCACCAGGAGCCGCCGGCGGUGCUGCGGGCGGUGCUGCAGGGCCUGGCGGUGCUGGGGGGAAUCUACGCGCUGCUGCUGCUGGAGCUGCUGCUGGGAAUGCUGCGCCGUCGCCGUGCCACCACGCCCCAUCCCCACGGAGAGACCUCCGAGGCGGCCACGGGGGUCCCGGCCGCGCUGCCAGGCGGCGCCGAGCUGCGCUGUCUGACGGCCCCGGAGGUGGAGGCGGAACCCGAGGGCCCCCCCGGGCCCCACCACGGACACUCCCACGGCCCCGCUUUGCCCCCCAACCCCGCGGCCGCUGAUCUGGCGUGGAUGGUGGUGCUGGGAGACGGCAUCCACAACCUGACCGACGGGCUGGCCAUCGGCGUUGCCUUCUCCCACAGCCUCCCCAGCGGCCUCAGCACCGCGCUGGCAGUGCUGUGCCACGAGCUGCCCCACGAGCUGGGUGACCUCGCGGUGCUGCUGCAGGCAGGCACGGCGCCCCGCACCCUCCUGCUGCUCAACCUGCUCUCGGCGCUGCUCUCCUGCCUGGGGGCGGCCGUGGGGGCGGCCGUGGGGCAGAACGCGGCCCAUCUCACCCCGUGGAUCCUCACCGCCACCGCCGGCACCUUCCUGUACGUGGCUCUGGCUGACAUGCUCCCCGAGGUGCUGCGGGGUCCCGGCGGGGGGACGUGGGGCCGCUUCGUGCUGCAGAACGCGGGCUUCCUGCUGGGCAGCGGCAUCAUGCUGGGCAUCGCGUUGGCCGAGGGCCACCUCAGCGCCUGGCUGCAGCCCUGAGGGGGCGGCGCCCGUGAGCCCCCGCCCCGAUGGCCGCUGGGACCCCCAAAACCCAGCCCCGGGUUCGGACUUUCUCCCCUCCUCGUGGGACCCCUCUGCCAACCCAGAUGAAAUGCAGCCAACCGCGGGGGCUCCGUGGGUCGCAGCUGCCAGACCCCGACUCCGCGUCCCCGUGGAAGGGGGGGGGGGGGGGGCAGCAGGAUGACGCUGGGCCCCCACCCCUCUUUGGUGGCGCUGCAGAGCUCCGGGUCUGGCAGCGCCGGUGCCGGAAGGAACGCGAUGCCCUGCCUGAGAAAGGACAGCAGAAGAGGCGUAGAAGCAAUAGCAUUUAAUAAACAUACUCGAUUCAAAGCCACAAUAUGAAUAACAGGACUUGGUCGCAGCUUACAUUGUAUAAAAUAGAUCAAGUCUGAA